AUGUUCGCUGUUCCAGGAUGGUCCGUUGAGAGUUCUGCUCUGAAGUCACAGACUCAGGCCGUGCAGCCCAAGAACGAAUCCCAACCGGAGAAGGAUGCCCCCAAUGCCGAUGCGAAGAACAACAAGCGCAAGCGUGCCAAUGAUCGUGUUACCGCUGGAAAUGUGGAUGAAAUGUACCGCAGACACAUUGAGAAAGGUGGAAAGCGCGGCCCAGAGGGUUCCGUGAAGCCAGAGAAGCAGAAGAAGGAAAAGAAGGAGAAGCAGACACCGGAGAUAGCCACCACCCAGGAUCCUACAAGCGAAACUGUCACCACUGCCAAUGCAGACGCAGAUCAAGCCGAGGAGAAAUUACCCAAGAAAAAGCAAAGGAAGAACAAGAAGAACAAGGACAACACUUCAGAGAAGACCGAGACAGACGGUGCUACCACUGCCACGGCUAAAGAAGCUCCUGCUCCUGCUCCCGCUCCCGCUGCGCUCCCACCAACAGCGAACCUGACCCCUCUCCAGCAGGCGAUGCGACAGAAGCUGGUCUCCUCUCGGUUCCGCCACCUGAACGAAACCCUCUACACCACCCCCUCGGAGAAAGCACUCGAGAUGUUCAGUACCAACCCUGAGCUGUUCGACGAGUAUCAUGCCGGAUUCGCACGGCAGGUCAAGGAGUCUUGGCCUUCCAACCCGGUCGACGACUACAUCAAGACCAUCCGCACCCGCGGUGCAAUCCCGCUCCCAAGACGAGGAAAGCCCCUCAACCCUGCUAAGGGCUAUCCGCUCCCCCGUCGUCCUACUGGAAUGUGCACUUUCGCCGAUCUGGGCUGUGGUGAUGCACAGCUCUCGCGCGCCUUGACGCCCUCCGCUAAGAAGCUGAACAUCAAGAUCAACAGCUACGAUCUGGCGGCGCCCGAUCCAUUGAUCACCAAAGCCGAUAUCUCGAAUCUCCCCUUGGAAGAUGGGGCUGCGGACGUGGCUAUUUUCUGUCUGAGUCUGAUGGGAACCAACUGGGUUUCGUUCGUUGAGGAGGCAUGGCGUAUUUUGCGCAAUGACGGCAAGGGCGAGUGCUGGGUCAGUGAGGUCAAAAGUCGAUUUGGCAAGGUCCAACGCAAGAAGUCUCAGAUCGGUGCGCAGAAGCCCGGCAGCAAGGCAGACAAGAAGAAGCCUAAGAAGAAAGGCGGCGACGAUUCUGAGGAUGACGCUGAUAUCUUUGCUGAGGAUGUGCGGCCGUCUGACAAUACCGACGAGACUGAUAUCUCGGCGUUUGUGGAGGUGUUCCAGUCUCGUGGGUUCAUGCUUCGCCGGGAAUCCGUGGAUAAGUCCAAUAAGAUGUUUGUGAGAAUGGUGUUUGUUAAGCAGGGUGGUGCGCCUACCAAGGGGAAACACGCUUCAGCUCUCAGCGCGCCUGCGCCGGGUAACAAGAAGCGCUUUGUUGACCGCAAGCCUGAUUCAGAGUCUGGCUUGUCGGCUGAGCAAGAGGCCAAGGUGCUGAAGCCGUGUGUUUAUAAGAUCCGCUAG